AAAUGGAGCACAUAGCAAUGGUUUGAGACCGGAGAGCAUCACAGUAUCUAGGGAAACAAUAUAUUUAAGGACAUAUUCCAUGUUUUAACGUCAUGCUUACAUAGGUAUAUAUGUUGACUGUUUUGUGAACAUAAAGUGCCAGCAACAUGGCUGUGUAUUUUGAUCACCGCCUGGAAACUGACCGAUCUGGGAUCAACACAGAUGCGUCAUGGUUCAGUGGUGCCCCAAUGAUCGCCGUCACAUCAUACAGUGAUGAGAAUGGUGGCACUGUCAAUCUUUUUUUGGAAGAGGGUGAGAAAUUGUUGAAUAUUCCAUUACAUCGUGCGGGUCAAGCAACCUCUGUGGCAUGGCACCCGACAAAGAAAAUUGUUGCAGUUGGCUGGGAAAACGGAGAACUGCUGGUUUGGAAUGAAGUUGACCAUGAGUUAUUUGAAGGUUUACCACUACACAAAACAGCCAUCACAGUUUUACACUGGAGCUCCUCUGGCUCUCGACUGUCUUCUGGGGACAAGGCAGGUGUACUGAUGGUGUGGAAGUCUGACGGCAAGGGUCGGCUACAGCAGAACCCAUUGCACCAACACCAUGUCCAGGAACCUCUUAGUAAAAUAUUGUACAGACCCAUUCCUCCACCAGACCCGGAACAUGAUAUAGCAGCACUUGCUAGAGCUGCAGUCAGCGGGGACGAGAAAGCUUUAGAUCUCUUCACGUGGAAAUCCAAAGGCAAAGGCAAUUCCAAGAUGUCUUCCAUGUUUGGUCCAACAGAAGCGUUGACUUUUUUUGUUGGUGGUGAAAGUGGCGGUGUGUAUUAUGUAAAUGAGAAUGGUCAGUGUACACAAAUAUUUUCUGUGGACACUGCUAUCCUUCGGUUCCUGUACUAUGAAGAAAAGAAUGUAUUGAUCACAGUCACAGAGAACAUGAUGCUUACACAGCAUGCCAUAAUGCCUGAGGGUGAUGCUAAGGAGCUGAUGAGGGUGAAGAUGAGUGGCAGGGGAGAGAACCCUGUUAUCUGUUGGGCUGGAAAAAGUAUUGUAGCCACUGCUACAGGGGAGGGUGUUGUCAGGAUGUGGGAUCUAGACCACGAAGAAAACUAUAUUUUGUCAUUAGAUGGACAUGGUAGCUACGACAAAUCAGAAAACAUCAUGUGUAUCAGCUACUGCGAGGAAAAGGGAGUACUUGCUGGAGGCACUAACCUUGGGAAUAUAGCGCUGUGGAGGUAUGCUCCGCCCCUAGGUAGUCGGCUGGUGGACGGGGAAAAGAAGUGGAAGCUUCAGGCACCAGCUACUGUAGAAGGCAGUAUCCGACAACUGUCUUGGGGAUCAAAGAAGAACUUAUUGGCUGUAAAUACCAUUGCAAAUGUGUUCAUGCUCAACGAACAGACAAUGAGCUCGAGUUUUUCUGGUCAGACAGCUGUGGUGCAGUUUGGCCCUAGUUCCCUUGCCCUGGAGAUGUUUGCCACAGGAACACACCAUGACCUCAAAACAGAGGUCCAGGUCAAAGGUGUCUGCACUACUAAGGAUACUUUAGCAGUGUGGAAUGGCAGAAAAGUGAUAACUUAUGAAUAUUCUGAGGACAGAACUAUCAUUAAGGGUGCAGGAACAUUUGCUACGGAGACAAUGGAAGUGCGACUUUACGAACAGAAUGUUUACUGUGUAGAAAUCGGCAAGGUUCAGGUUCGCACCCACCAGGGUACAGUAAAGCAGGUCAUCAACUUCUCGGACGCUGAGGGGCAGCCUGUCAGUUUAGAUGUUUGUGGUACAUCACUAGUCAUAGCCACAGACAACGGAGUGGUCCGUGUAUAUGAUUUGUCAAGGAGAGAAGCGAAGCCAACGAGCCAACCAAAGAAUUUAGGGGAUGUCAUUCCUGGUUUUAAUGGAAUUUUAUCUGCCAGGUGUAAUUCAAAUGGAUCUAAAGUCAGUGUUCUUGUGAAAAAUAAUUCCAGCCAUGCCGAUCCUAAGCUGUACUUUUGGGAUGUGGAGUCGGAUGUUGUUUCUUACUUUAACUUUGAGAGUGGGCGUGGAGAGCAGGAUGACUUCCCCCCAGAACAGAUAGAGGGUGUGGAGGGGGAUACAAAUGAUGCAGAGAGGGGCAAGAAUCAGGCUGCUAAGGACAUAGCUGGCCGGUACCCUAUGACCCACCACUGGGACCCUCACGACACCAAGCUGAUUGUCUGUGAGGCCAAGGUGAUGGCUAGUGCUGUGGAGAAGAAGGAGAAGGAGGAAAAGAAGCGCCACUCUCUAACUAAGGCCGUAGAGGAGGGACCAGUGGAGGUUAUGGUGGUGUCCCUGUUCUGUACACCAGAGAACGGCAUCCUCAUCCAGGACAGCUUCCAGAUGCCGGAGCAGUUUCAGGCCCUACUUGGCAUAGAGGUGCCCUACUACUACAACAUUAAGAAGUCUGAGAAUCUUAAAGAGGAAGAGCAGGAAAAGGAUGACACACCACAACCGGAAAAUCUCAUUAAGUCCGACACUGUAAUACAACCAAAACUGGUGGCCAGAAAAACCAUGCGUGACUUUGUAGGUCUAGAAAACAGCGACAAGAACACGAGAGAGGCUAUGAUGAACUUCAGCUACUAUCUCACCAUUGGCAACAUGGACGAGGCAUUUAAAUCCAUCAAACUCAUUAAAAGUGAAUCUGUGUGGGAGAACAUGGCCAAAAUGUGUGUAAAAAGCCGACGUUUGGAUGUGGCUAGUGUUUGUCUAGGCAACAUGGGUCAUGCCCGUGGUGCUAAGGCCCUCAGGGAGGCCAUGAAAGAGCCGGAGCUGGACGCCAAAGUCGCUGUCCUUGCUAUGCAACUUGGACUCAAGGAAGAUGCAGAGAGAUUACUGAAGAACUGUAAACGAUAUGAUUUACUGAAUGAAUUCUACCAAUCAUCUGGCCAGUGGAUUAAGGCAUUAGAAACAGCAGAAAUGUAUGAUCGUAUUCAUCUCAGAGCCACCUAUUAUAACCAUGCAAAACACUUGGAAGUCAAGGGGGACUACUCUGAUGCGAUACCAAACUAUGAGAAGUCGGACACUCAUCGCUUUGAAGUUCCAAGGAUGUUAUUUGAUGAACCUGAAGCGUUAGAACAAUACAUUAGCAGGCAUAAAGACAAGGCACUACAUAAAUGGUGGGCCCAGUACAUGGAGAGUACAGGGGAAAUGGAUGCAGCCCUGCAGUACUACGAGACUGCCCAGGAUUUCCUCUCUCUGGUCCGAGUCUACUGCUACUGUGGCAAAAUGGACAAGGCUUCAGAAAUCUGUAAUGAGACAGGUGACAGGGCUGCCUGUUACCACUUAGGUCGGCAAUAUGAAAACCAAGACUUGAUCAAAGAAGCCAUUCACUUUUUUCAGCGAGCACAGGCAUAUGGAAAUGCUAUUCGACUGUGCAAGGAACAUGGUUAUGAAGACCAGCUGCUGAAUCUGGCAUUACUCGGCCGUCCUGAAGACAUGAUGGAAGCAGCUCGCUACUACGAACAGAAACAAGGGUCUGAGGACAAGGCUGUCAUGCUGUAUCAUAAGGCAGGAAACUUCUCCAAAGCAUUGGAUCUGUCCUUCCGAUCCAAGCAGUUUGGAGCUUUGCAGAUGAUUUCUGGGGACUUGGACGAGCGAGCAGAUCCUGAGUUAUUGCAGAGAUGUGGUGACUUUUUCAUGGACAAUGGUCAAUAUGAUAAGGCUGUGGAUCUCCUCGCCAUCGGCAAAAAGUACUGGGAAGCUCUGAAGAUUUGUAUGGACCAGCAUGUGGAGAUAACUGAAGACCUGGCAGAGAAACUCACUCCGAACAAGGACGACAUGGGCAUUGAUACAAUGGAGCGGGUAAAGAUCCUGGAGGCCAUCGCUGAGGUGUGCAUGCAUCAAGGCCAGUACCACCUCGCUACAAAGAAGUUUACUCAGGCUGGUAACAAGAUCAAGGCUAUGAAAGCGUUGCUGAAAUCUGGAGACACUGAGAAGAUAACGUUUUUUGCUGGUGUAUCACGGCAGAAGGAGAUUUAUGUAAUGGCCGCCAAUUAUCUUCAGUCUCUGGAUUGGAGGAAAGACCCAGAAAUCAUGAAGAAUAUUAUCGGCUUCUAUACUAAAGGAAGAGCACUGGAUUCUUUAGCAGCAUUUUACGAUGCUUGUGCUCAGGUGGAGAUAGAUGAGUACCAGAACUACGACAAAGCCUUGGGUGCUCUGGGUGAGGCCUACAAAUGUUUAAGUAAGACAAAGAUGAGCGAUGAAAUGCUACAAGAGGAAAAGCUGUCACGUCUCAAGAACAAGAUCACUCUUAUUAAGAAGUUUGUGACUGCUAGAAGGGCGUAUGAUGAAAAUCCAGAGGACGCCAUCAAACAAUGCCAGGUGUUACUGGAGGAACCACAUCUAGAUGAUUCUGUCCGUAUGGGAGAUGUGUAUGGCCUCAUCAUUGAGCAUUAUGCAAGGAGAGAACGCUGGAAGGCGGCCUAUGCUGCAAUGGAGGAGAUGAAGAGUCGGAUACCGGCACUCAACAUGGCGUACUACGUUAACAUGAGGACGAUAGAGUCUGUGCACCGGGCACUGGACAUCCCUCUGAGUAGGACUAUCACUAGUAAGAUGAACGGCAUGUAUGGAGGGGGUGGGGAGGAGGAGGAUGGUGAAAUAGUGGAAGAGGAAGUGGACCAAAUGUACACAGCUGGAGAUGAUGUGUGAUACACAUAGCGUAUAACUGUAUGUCACAAAUUCAUUUAGAGACAAUUCUUUUAUGUUGUUUCUGCAGAAAAUGUUAUGGAAAUGUCAGGAACAUUGUAUUUUCUAGAUAACAGAUACUCUCUCGCAACUUUAGAUCUCUAGUUUCUACUUUAAAGUGAAUGACUCAAGCUUAACUUCUUUAAAAUUUAACUUAACUGAAGGUAUUUUGGGAACAAAUGAUGAGGAAAGUUUACUCAUGUUAUCCCAACCUUUCAAAACCACUUGGUUUUUACUGACUUGUCUAUUAAUUGUUAAUAGAGGUCUGCUAACACAUACUUUUACUGACAGAGUGAAAUCUGGGGACAAUGUCGGCUUCAUGAUUUAUGUCAUUUCAAGACUUAUAACAAAGCAAAGAAAUAACAGCAUUGUAAGAUCCAGUUUUGGAACAAGAAAAGAUAGAAUGGAAUCUUCAACACCUAUUAGGCAAAGAUUUUAAUAUUAAACAGCUCUCUUCUAAUUUCUAAGCCCUAAUAAGAGUUUGUAACCUUGGCUCUUUUGUACAAAUUUAAUGCUCAACAGAGGCUCUGUACGUAUGUAAGUAGAUGUAGGGAAUAUGGGAAUUCAACUGGGAUAAAUAUGUCUCCUUAAUACACCGACUAUAUCUGGUGAAGUGAUGAAUUGUUUUAUGAUCUGAUCCAUUGAUAAAAAUUUUUAGUCUCAACAUAUGAAAUUUUUACUUUAUCUCUUUAAGAAAAGGUUAUGAUGUCAACUAUGAAUUGGUAUGUACACAAAUGCAUUGAGGAAAUUAUUUUAAGAUCUGAAUUGUCUUCGAUAAAAAUGAAUCUGGUUGAUUUUAUGAUGUAUGAUUCCGUGGUUAAGAUAUGUUAGUUGUAUCACUGUGACAUUAGCCGACUGGAAGACUUUGAUCUGGAGAUAUGUAACUCUGAUGUGCUGUUAGACCGAGAACUAAUUAGAAAAGGUCUGAAAGUGGGACAAUGUGACAGUUCAGGAUCACUGAGUGGUUGUGUAGUUACAUAUCUUUUGUCAACAUUUCAAUUUUAAAUGUGUAAAUCAUGUGAUGCAAAAGAAAAAGCCAUACAAUCUAACUGUGAUGUAGAAGCAAUAAAGUUGGUGUAAACUAAAUGAUAGCAUUGUGUAAAUUAUUUUUAAUAAAUAAUAAACUGUAAAUUGUACAUUCCAAAUAACUAUUACUGUAAAGUGUUUAAUUUGAAUCAUUUGUAAGCACUUUACCCAAUAUUUUUUUUAAAGCACAACAUAAAAAAAGGUAAUCACUAAAUAUAAAACCACUUAAUCACUACAUGUUACACAUAUGUUUAGUGCUAUACCGUGAUGUGUGUCACUUGGAAAUUGUUGCGGAUGUGUAGAAAUAUGAAUUUGCUAUUAUAGGUUUAAAUUGUUAACAGUAUACAUUAGUAUUGGGUACUUACAUAUGUAAACUACUGUUGUUAUUUAUUUUCUAACUUAGGCAUUAUGUAAUCAGUAAGUACAAGGUGUAAGAUUGUGUCUUGUAAAUAGUCAAAUUUCAUUUUAAGUUUUUUGAAAGAUAAUGUUAGUUCUGGCUAUGAAAAGAUUUUUUCUGUGAAUAAUUGAUGUAUUUAAAAGUCACACUAAAAGAAUAGUUUAUUGGCUUGUGUGGUGUAAACAAUUGUCAUUGGUUGGACUUAGUGCUGUUGGCUUUACUGAACUAGACAGCACAUAUUGUAAAAUGUCGCUAAUUGAUCUAAUUUUAGAUCAGUUAUCUGGGCCCAGUUGUUCAAAUGUGAUUAGCUUAAUAAUCAAUGAUAAGCACAAAUUUUAUUUUUUGUGUAUCAUUAAGACACAACCAUUGAAAUAGUUAAUACUUUCCAGAUAGCAAAUAAUUACGAGUUUUACCUUGUAUAUUGACGAAAUAUUAGAGGUUGAAAAGAGUCGUUUAACAGUGAUUAGGCUUAACAUGUUUUGAACAACUUGACCCUGUUUGUCAUUUGUGGUAAUUAGUAGAUAGCUGUGUGAAUAUUUGAAUGGACAAACGGAGUUAUGUAGGAAACAGUGUCUGAAUGAGGAAUGUUUAAGUACAAUACCACGUUUAUAUCUGAAAAAAGUCUCCAUCAAAAUUGUCAUAAUAUUUCCUUUUGUUUCAAUUUAUUAUUCAUAUCAUAAAAAGAAUAACCCCACCUACUUACAUUUCUUUGCUUUAAGUUAACCAUUUCUUGUAAAGAAAACUAAUGUCAAUUAAUUCACUAUUGAAAGUAAUGUGAAAAUGUUCAUAAUGGUUGUAUCGUUAUAAAAUAACAUUAUGAUUUCAUUUGUUUAUAUCAUGGUUUACUUCACUGCACUGCCGUCCACAAGUCUCACUAUUCUUAUGCACAUAUAUCAUUCGACGUCAGACUGGGACAUAGACAUCCUUCUACCCUACUGGGACAUAGACAUCCUUCUACCCUACUUACCCUACUGGGACAUAGACAUCCUUCUACCCUACUAACCCUACUGGCACAUUGACAUCCUUCUACCCUACUGGGACAUAG